CCUUCUAAUUUCUAAAUACAAAGAGCAAUUAAUUAAUACAUAAUAUAUGUUUUCCUUUGAGACUGGCGUGUCUCAUCUGAUAUUGAAAACGAGAACAAUACCCGCCAUAAUAUUGUAUUUGUUUAAAAACUGCCAGUUUAUUCUCUACUGUGUAGACGAUCUAAGAAUUUAUAAGGAGAGACAGAGACUAUUCUCUGAGACGAUCUAGGAAUCAAGAAGAAGAGAGAGAGACUCAGAGAAUCAUAAGCAACACUUCCAGAUAAGGUUCAACUGUUCUCAUCUGGUCAAUUCUAAUUUCGACGAGGGAAAGCAUUCAAAAUGGCAGCUUCAUCAUCCCAAACAAUCCAAUCAAGUUUCAAUAUUAUUGGCUAUUUUCUUCUUCUCCUUGGAAUUUAUCCGUUUCAUUACAAGUCGGCUAAGAGAACAAAGUUGUAUCGAAUCCUGCAAAUGAUCUACUGCUCCAUAGUCACUAUUAUUCACUCAAUAGUGAUUUUGUUACUAACAUAUUCCGCUUUUCUUUACUUCAUACUAUAUUUACAACUGCAUAAUGUGAACAUGGUGGCCUACUAUAUUUCUUCAGUAAUCACCAUGAAAGCAUGUCUGGUGCAGAGAGCUCUCUAUUACUGGAAGGCAGCUGACAUUUAUGAUCACUUGAACGAUUGGAGGAAUUUCGAGAUUGAGUACAAAUCGUUCACUGGAAAGAAGCUGAACGCUGUGAGUUACAAGAAAACUCUCAUAGUUGCUAUUUUGUCACCACUGGUCAUAGUAUAUGUGACAAUUAUGAGUUUCCUGGGAGAAAACAGUAACGGACCUCCACCUAGUGUCCUGGUUGCAUUCCUCACAAUUGUUUUCUUCUCAGUCAUACAACUGAUGAGACUCUACACAGAGCUGAUGUGGUACUUGUUCUCCAAUGCACUGAAGAAUGCAGCCCUGCAGCUUGCCGACGAUUACAAGAGUGACCCUUGUCAGGAAAGCGGGUUGGACAGAGCUAACUACGAGUACUUGUGGAUAAAGUUGGCCCAGCUACAGAACCGGUUACCAAAGACACUAUCCAAGAUCUAUGGUUAUCAGUUGGCCGUCAAUUUUCUUCAGUUACUUUUUUACGGAUUUGUCUUUUUCGAGUUUAUAUUUCGUUACAUGACGAUAGAUAUUCUACUCAAAACUCUGCGAAACCCGCAUGAGCGAUACCACUUCAUCUACUUGAUGUCCGGUCUUUAUGGCCAGACAACAAUAUGCUUCGUAUACCUAUGGCUUGGGUCAGUCACUGCUGGGGCAGCACAGAAAGCGUUGCUUGAAAAUACAAAGAAAAAAUUGUUGGAAAUAUUAUCUGAUAGUGCAAAAAUUACUGCAGUUCUUCACCAACAGGCGAAACGGUUCCUACAGAAAGUAAGUGCAACUAAAACACAGAUAACGUUCAGUGGCUAUGGAAGAAUCGACAGACAAUUUUUUUGCACGAUUCUUAUCACAUGGAUAAAUUACAUGAUUAUUCUCCUGCAAUUCAAGACUUCGUUCUAUGAAGAAGACAAGGAUGAAACCAUAAAAGAAACAAGCAGAAAUAAGAGAUCUAUUCCAAAUGCGGAUUCGACUGAGUUCCAAAGUAACCAUUCGUUUUUUAGUUUUGAUAACAUGGGUAUGAAUAGGUCAACAUCACUCCCGUUUAUACAUGGCUGGUUCGCAUUGUCAACUAUAUACAAACUCGAAUAGUUCGGACUUGUACAAAAUUUUGUGAGAAUUUGGUCACAGAAAUUUUAAAGUUUGAAUACGAUAGACUAGUAUUGACUUAGUGAGUUAGAUUUUGUGGAAUGUUCCUUAAUGAAGUUUUAAAAUAAAUUUGAUAGUAGAAGUAACAUUAAAAUAAAAUUAAUACUAAGCCUUCAAGCAUUUUUAUAAUUUUUGGGGAACUUAUAUGACUUCAAAAAACCAUCAGUUGAAGCAGAAAAAAAUGGUUAACAGCAAGAUGUUUCCACUACUCAAUAGAGCAUAUAGCAUACAUUUAUUGAUUUUAAAUAGAGAACUAUAAUAAUUGAGUCAUGAAUAUUAUUAUUAUUUUAUCGAUUCAAUGAUACAAAUGGUACAAUAUAUAAUGGAUAAUAUGAAUCUAUAAUAUAAUGGUACAAAUAAUACAAUAGGUCACUGUCACUGAUAUAAAAAGGAAAUUGUAAAUUGAAAAUUAUUUAUUUGAAAAUGACUCAUAUAUCAAUAGUGGACCUGUUUCUUGCAGUACAAUAGAAAAUCAAUUAGUGAAUUGCAUAUACAGUUCCUAAGCAUGCACUGAGUAGGCUACUAUAUAUGAAUCUAUUUAUGAAUUAAUUAAAGCCAACUUUUUCCCGAUCAAUUUAGAUUUUCAUGCAAAGUAUAGUUUGUAGUUUCACUACUUCUUGCUCAUUUUAAAAGUAUUGAAUGCUGAGAAUUGAAAAUGACAUUCAAAAGAAUACAAAAAAAUGUAUAAUAAGAAUGCAAUUUUUUCAAGUAUUAUAAAAUUUACAACUAUGAGAUGACUAAUUUAUUUUUCUAUUGCCACUGAUGCUUCAUCAUAAUUUCUGAUUGAUUAUUUAUAAUUUUUUAUUACCAACAUCUUAGCCAGUUUUGUUAUAGUAAAAAAAUAAUUGAAAUUAGAAUAUUUCAUAUUGAAAUA